AUGGAGACAAAGACGUUGCUAAAUACGCUAUCACCGCAGCUACAGGCGCUUGUGGAGGCAUCUUUAGGCACGAAGCUUCCACCAUCUGCAACUUCAACUGCUACUAAACGUAUACAGAAAACCUCAUCAUCCACUAAUGAGACGAAAAUGCAGAUUAGAGGAAAACAAUCGUCUUUGAAUGCUACAUCUCAACUUAAUCCAUCGGAUCUCUUUGCUCUAAAGCAUCCUGAAUCUCCUGGAUUUAUCGUGAAAGAGGAAUUUCUAGGACGACAGAAUGCGUUGGCAGUACGAAAUGCACUCAAUGAGCUCGCACAAAGACAAACUUUUAAUGAGGCAAAGGUUGGCGCUGGUGAUAAGUUGCGCAGCGAUCGAGCGGUGCGUGGGGACAAAAUUCUUUGGAUCGAGACACCACGUGACUUGGAUCGUUCAACGGGUGACAAGAGUGCUAGCUUCGAGGCUAUUUUGCAUCUACAAAGAAAAGUAGAGUCACUGGUGUAUGGACUCAAGAAGGUCUCACCGGAGCUGGAUCUACGCAAUGUUGUGUCAACACAAUUGGCGAUAUUUCCAGGCAAUGGUGCCCGAUUUGUCAAACAUUUAGAUACGUACUCGAACGUUCAAAGAGAUGAGCGUGGUGUGAUGUUUAGGGAUGGGCUUGUCCGUUUGAUUACAUGUGUGUACUAUCUGAACGAUCAGUGGGAACCUGAACACGGUGGUCACCUUCGCAUUCAUGUAAAAGAGUCCAAACUAUUGCCUGCUUGUCACUGGGAUGUCCCACCGAAGCUUGACACGCUAAUGGUGUUUCGGAGCCUCGAUGUUGAGCACGAGGUGCUGCCGACGUACCGCGAGCGCAAGGCUUUGACAAUAUGGUAUUAUGGAAAACAACCCGGAGUUUUGCCUGACCAAGUAAGAACUUCAAAAACGGGGGAACACUCUGUGCCACGGCCACUUCCUAUAACAUCAGAUAACAAGCCUGGACAUGCAAAGCAUCCUUCCAUUUUCGUUGCAAUCCCAAGUUAUCGCGAUUCGGAGUGUAGACACACGGUCGAUGACUUACUUGCAAAAGCAACAAUUUUGGACCGAGUUUUCGUUGGUAUUUGCUUGCAAACAGAUAGCGACGAUGAUACUCAGUUGUACCUGGAGAGUAAAUACUCUUCCAGCAAGAUUCGUGUGCAUUGGGUAAACUAUCGAAAGGCUGCAGGUCCAUGUGUGGCUCGGGCGCAAGCGCAGAAGCUAUGGCGGGGCGAAGAAUUCUAUCUCCAGAUCGACAGCCACAUGCGUUUCCGUCCUGGGUGGGACUGUUUUCUGAUUAACGAGCUAGGGAAGUGUGUCGCGGCAAAGCCUAUCCUGACAACGUACCCACUAGGGUAUACGUUGCCUAGUCAGGUUUCGGUGGAUUGUCGUCCCACCCUUUUGUGCGCUUCCUCAUUUGACGAGCUCGGCAUGCUGCGCCAAACCAGCAAAAUACUUACGAAAGCAUUAACAGAGCCACUGCCAUCACUUUUCUGGGCCGCCGGUUUUGCCUUUUCAUCGUCAAAGGUGAUCGCGGAAGUGCCGUAUGAUGAAGAAUUACGUUUCUUAUUCUUCGGGGAAGAAUCUUCGAUGGCUGCGCGACUCUGGACUUCAGGAUGGAAUUUCUUUACGCCUUCGGAAACUGUGGUUUACCACCUUUGGACACGAGCGUAUCGUCCUGUUUUUCAGGAAUUGGAAACCGAAGAAACAAAACAGUGCCGCGACGCAUCAGCUCAGUACGUUAAACAUUUGUUGCGCGUGAAUCGGACUAGCGAUAAAGAUGAAUGCAACGGCAAGUAUGCAAAGUUUGGGUCGGAGCGAAGCUUUGACAGCUACCAAAUGCACAUCGGUGUAAAUUUUGCCACUGGGGACAUUGAGUGGAGGGCCGAAUGGGGCAAUCUUGACCCGAUCCGAUUCGAUCUUAAUCCUAAUACCGAGGAGCCGCUGACUCCUGUCUAG